AUGACCGUAACUUAUUCACUCGAUGUUGCUUCUUCUUCAUUUUUCUGCUUAUAUAAGCUCCUUUUUCGAUGGAAGGGAUCAAUUUGGAAGUCGGUGUGGGCGGAGCUAGUGGUAUGGUUGGCUCUUUAUGCUGUGCUUAGUGCUAUUUACCGAUAUUUGUUGAGCAUGGGACAGCGAGCCACAUUCGAGGAUCUCUGUAUAUUCUUUGACACCUAUUCCAAUUUCAUCCCGAUUACUUUUAUGCUUGGUUUUUAUGUUUCUGCAGUAUUCACCCGCUGGUGGCAGAUUUUCGACAAUAUCGGAUGGAUUGACACACCAUGUCUCUGGAUUACUCAAUACAUAAAAGGAGAAACCGAGAGAGCAAAGUGUGUGAGGAGAAAUUGCAUCCGAUAUUCGAUUCUCACGCAGGCAAUGGUCUACCGCGAUGUGGCAGCCAGUGUCCGUAAGCGAUUCCCAACAUUCAACCAUUUGGUGACAGCUGGUUUGAUGACUGAGAAAGAGAUGGCUGAGUUUGAAUCGAUUCCAAGUCCACAUGCAAAAUACUGGCAACCAAUGCACUGGUUGUUCUCCAUGAUCAGCUUGGCUAGAGAAGAAGGAAUGAUUGCCAGUGAUAUAAUUUAUGUGGACUUGAUGGAGAAAAUGCGCCAAUUCCGUGUGAACAUUCUCUCAUUGACACUCUUCGAUUGGGUUCCAGUCCCUUUGGUCUACACUCAAGUCGUGCAUCUCGCAGUUCGUUCCUAUUUUCUAGUUGCUCUAUUCGGUCGACAAUAUCUUCAUCCCGACAGGACACGUGUCCCGGAUUAUAAGCAUACCAUUGACCUUUAUGUCCCGAUUAUGUCAGUUCUCCAGUUUAUAUUUUUCAUCGGAUGGAUGAAAGUGGCCGAGGUGCUUCUGAAUCCAUUGGGCGAGGACGAUGAUGAUUUUGAAUGUAAUUGGAUUUUGGACAGAAAUUUGCAGGUGGGAUUGAUGGUUGUGGACACCGCCUAUAACCGAUACCCAACUCUCGAAAAAGAUCAAUUCUGGGAGGAUGCGAUUCCUGAACCUCUUUACACUGCUGAAAGUGCAAUGAGACCUUUGAACCCACAAGUUGGAUCGUGUGCUGAAAUGCCAACUGAAGAGGAACCAUUCAUGGUUCGUCCUCGUCGUCGUACCCUAUCAAGGAUGUCUCACUGGGAUGGGGAUAUGGAAGACACCGAUGUUGUGCCAGUUGUUGGUUUGAAGCAUCUACCAGAUGGAAGUAAUUACGCUUCCGGAGAAUCCCUUGCCUUCUCAAACAGUUUCGCUAAUGGAGGACGUAAACUGAGCGAAAUGUUCCGAAGAAUGCGGGCAGGUAGCCGGAUCGGGGAUCGCUACAGAAAGAGACAUUCGUCAGCUCAAGACUUUGAGACUGGAUCGAAGAAAAAGAACAGUCUUGACGAUGAAGUGGAAACGUUCAGUAACAAGUUGGAUCAAGCAUCUGGAACGCCAAAAUCAGGCCGACUCUGGAGUUCUCUUCCGCAAACUCAGUUGGAGGAAAUGUUGAAAAAUCGAAACCUCGGAGGACCGGUGAAGUAUAACACCGACGGAAUGAAAGAAAAAGAACUUUCCAAUCCAACACCUGUCACCGACCACAUUGACCUGCCAUCCCAUGUGCCAACCAGUCCUUCUUGGUAUAAUGAUAGCUUACCAGUUAUAAAAGAGGAAGAGGAAGCUAAACGAAAAUCCAAUACCGACACCGAUUCCCUGAAAUCCAGUAAAACUUCUAAAGCCUCGAUACGUCGAACCGAAUUGCGAAGAUCAUCCUCAUCAGGCAGUGAUCUUGGAAAGUCUGGAAGGCACGAGAGGAAAAAGAGCGAGUGA